ACAAAAGAUUGUAGAGCAGUUCUCUCACUCAGACAAAUUCAAACAAUGGCUAAAGCAUGGAUGUGUAUGUGCUUCCUUAUCUUCUUCCACCUCUCUUCAGAAAGGAACUUCAUCAAAGCCAACGCAGAGAUGAAGACUUGGUGUGUGGCUAAACCUUCUUCGGAUCAAGCAACACUUUUAGAUAACAUAAACUACGCAUGUUCGCAUGUCGAUUGUCGAAUUCUUUCGAGUGGAUGUCCCUGUUACUCCCCCGGUAAUCUCAUAAACCAUGCUUCUAUCGCCAUGAAUCUUUAUUACCAAGCUAAUGGAAGAAACUAUUGGAACUGCAAUUUCAAGAACUCUGGACUCAUCGUCAUAACUAAUCCCAGCUAUGGAAACUGCUACUAUGAAUACACAUAAGCAAAAAGCCAGAUGACUUCGUACAUCUUUGUUACGAAGAAAACAGAGGAGCAUGUUAAUGAGUUUCUAAUUAAAAUAUCCAAGUUUAAAAAAAAUUUUGAUUUUUCAAGUGUUAAAAUGUUUGGUUCCUGAACUUUUCUUCUUUAAACAAUCAUAUUUGAUAUCAUUAAUGUUUUCGUUUCAGUAUUCAUUACUA